UUUCUAGCUUCGAUGAGAAAGUAUCCGGUGUAGAGGCAGGAAUUUUACCUACACGCUAAAUUAUAGUAAAUACUGAUGUUUGUAGAUAUUCUGCAACUGGCAGACUGAAAUGAAGUGAUUGUAUAAGCUGCAAUCAAAUCAUGCUUUCACUACAGUGAAUAGAGCCAUUCCGUGAUCUUGGAAGCCAGGAAGUAUGGUUAUUGCAAUUGGAUUUGAGGGGAGCGCCAAUAAACUAGGAGUUGGUAUUGUUAAAGAUGGUGUCGUUCUCUCUAACCCCCGACACACCUACAUAACUCCACCGGGACAAGGGUUUUUACCGAAGGAUACAGCUAAACACCAUAGAGAGCACGCGCUAGAUGUUCUGAAAAAAGCUUUAGAUGAAGCAAAAGUAACUCCAAAAGAAAUUGAUGUCAUUUGUUACACUAAAGGUCCAGGAAUGGGAGCACCACUGGUUUCAACGGCAAUUGUUGCUAGGACUGUUGCACAGCUGUGGGGAAAACCCAUCAUCGCAGUAAAUCACUGUGUCGGGCAUAUAGAAAUGGGGCGACUGAUUACUGGAGCUAUCAAUCCUACUGUUCUCUAUGUCAGUGGGGGAAACACACAGGUGAUUGCGUAUUCCCAAAAACGAUACCGAAUAUUUGGAGAGACCAUAGAUAUUGCAGUUGGAAAUUGUCUUGAUAGAUUUGCAAGAGUUUUAAAGCUCUCCAAUGACCCAAGUCCUGGUUACAAUAUAGAACAGCUGGCAAAAAAAGGGGAGAAAUUUUUAGAACUGCCUUAUGUUGUAAUGGAUGUUUCUUUCUCCGGCCUGCUUUCAUUUAUAGAGGAGAGAGCACCACAGCUGCUGAAGGCUGGGGAGUACACACCAGAAGAUCUCUGCUUUUCUCUUCAGGAGACAGUUUUUGCCAUGUUGAUAGAGAUUACAGAGCGUGCCAUGGCCCAUUGUGGAUCUGAAGAAGUGCUUAUUGUAGGGGGUGUUGGCUGUAACAAAAGAUUGCAGGAUAUGAUGGAAGUUAUGGCCAAAGAGAGAGGAGCCAAGCUCUACGCUACUGAUGAAAGGUUCUGCAUUGAUAAUGGAGCCAUGAUUGCCCAGGCAGGCUGGGAAAUGUUUUGUUCAGGGCAGACAACUCCACUCCAGGAAACCACCUGUACACAAAGAUUUCGUACUGAUGAAGUUGAAGUGACAUGGCGAGACUGACUGUUACAUCAGCUGAAUGCAAUACUCUACUUUAUACCCAACAGUUAUUGCCACACUUGUUUGUAACAAAGCCCACUGGAAGAUUUGGCCCAGUGACAGACACAACUGAAAUAAAUACAUUGACUUUAGCAGUUAAUUGAAAUGAAUAUAGUGUGAAUAACAAAUAAAAUCAAUGAAUAUU